UGUUUAAGUACACAAUGUUCGGAGACAUAGGCAGUGGUAUUGAGUUCUUUGAGAGCUCAGACCAAGAACUGGUGGCGAGGGUUGCGGAGGAGCACAGAUGGGGCAUGGCAGUGACCGUCGUUGUCAGCAAAAUCAUCACACUUUUCUGGAAGCCUAUGGAGUUGGCUGGCUUCCUCCUCGACUUCCUCCUCAACUUCGUCUUUCAAAAUGGAUACAGUUUUGGCUUACUUUACAAUCUGCUUCAAGGAAAAGUGAUGGUGCCGCAGAGGGACACAAAGACUUUCAUAAGAAUAUUUGGUCACUUAGAUGGGAGGGUAGACCUCCGCAAGGGUGAAGACUUAGCAAAAGACAUAGUUGCUUCUAUUUCUGAAGGAACAAGCGUGAAAUUGGGGAAUCCGACUCUUAUGGACCUCUGCAUUAUGGCUUCCAAGUUAGCAUAUGAGAAUGACAAAGUCAUUAGAAAAGUUGUGGUAGACAAUUGGAAGAUGCAUUUUGUGGACUUCUGCAGUUGCUGGAAUGAUUUUCGCAAGCAGAUGUCUACAAACUUGUUCAUACUUUGUGACAAGCCUAAAGAUGCAAAUCUGAUAUUGAUCAGCUUCCAGGGAAGGGAACCUUUUUAGUAAAAAGGUUUUUACGCCAAUAUUUGGAGUACCGAAUUUGACUACUCUUGGUAUGAAAUUUCCAAUGUGGGGAAAGUACACAUGGGAUUCCCAGAAGCCAGCUUGGGGAACAGAACUACUGUUGUAACCCUUCGAAACGACCUUCAAAUGAAACACAAAGAGAAUGAAAGCAGAAGUUCUUCCGCAGGCCCCAAGGCAUACUAUGUUGUAAGAAGAAAGCUCAAGGGAUUCCAAAAAAAUGCAAAAUUUGUAGUCACGGGGCAUAGCCUCGGCGGAGCGCUUGCCAUAUUGUUCACGUCAGUUCUGGUGUUGCAUGAGGAAAUGAAGGUGAUGCAAAGGUUGUUGGGUGUGUACACAUUGGGACAGCCUAGGGUAGGGGAUAGGCAGCUGGCGAGGUAUGUGGACACGAGUUUGGGUAGCCCAAUCCCAAAGCACUUCAGGGUUGUCUACUGCAAUGAUCCCCUGCCCCGGUUGCCUUAUGAUUACGAAAACUUCAUGUUUAAGCAUUUUGGGGUAUGCCUUCACUAUGACAGUUGUUACAUCGAACAUAGAUUGGAGGAUGAGCCAGGCAACAGUUACUUUGGAAUGAAAUAACUAGUACCAGAAUAUCUGAAUCCUGUUUGGGAGCUGAUAAGAAGCUUAGCAAUGGGCUACACACAUGGACCAGAGUAUCGAGAGGGGUGGCUCUCCAUUUUCGUACGAGUGACAGGACUUCUGUUUCCCGGUACCUCAGCACAUUCCCUUACAUAUUACAUCAAUUCCGUGAAGCUGGGAAAGGGGCACUUCGUUCGGAUGUCUAAAACUCAUGAGGUCGAGUCAUUUGAAUGCCGUCAGCCUUGGAUCAUAUGA